AUGGAGAGGGCAGCACCUGGAGGCAGGGAACGCUUCAGCUGGGAUGGCUGGAAAAAUUUGCUGCUGCCCCAGUUAAACAGACAGUCUCUUUAUGUGUACGGCAGUGAAGUGGCUGUGGAGAGGGAGUGCAUCAGACAAAGAGAAAGAGGAGUCUUCGUGAUCCAUCCCUUCAGUCCUUUAAGGUACUGUUACACGAUGUGCAUGGUUGCCAUCACUUUUCUGAACCUGAUUGGGAUCCCGAUAGAGAUUGCCUUUUUAGAUGGCCAGACAGGAGUUGGCUGGGAGGGUUUCAAUGUCUUCUCAGACACACUGUUCUUGAUUGACGUUGGGCUCAACUUUCGGAUGGGCAUAAUUGCAGAGGACAGUGAGGCAGCAAUUCUUGAUCUAAAGUGCAUUCGACAAAAUUAUUUAAAGAGCUGGUUUAUACCAGAUGUGAUAGCAGCAUUUCCAGUUGGUUACAUAAUACUAAUUGCGGACCUACAGUAUCACAGUGACUCUUCCAAAGCCAGUAAAAUGGUACGUAUCCUCAUGUUUGUGAGAAUCCUCAGCCUUGUCCGUCUGCUGCGUGUAUCCCGGCUCGUCAGGUUUUUUAAUGAAGUUGAGAAAGUUUCAAAUGCAAAUCUGGAGGUGGUUCGAGUGUUCUUUAGAAUUUUGUCUUUGUUUAUGAUGAUUUUUCUCCUGUGCCACUGGAACGGCUGUGUGCAGUAUUUUGUUCCAAUGCUGGAAGAAUUCCCUUCAGACUGCUGGGUGCGGCAUGAGGUGGAGCUGUGGAUUGUCAUGACUAGCAUUGUGUCAGGGGCACUUAUGUAUACAGUCCUGGUUGCCAACACUGUUGCCCUAUUGACUGAUGCAGACAUCCCAGCAAGAAUAUAUAAGAGCAAGAUGAAUCAUCUGGAAGACUAUAUGGUCUUCAUGAAGCUUCCUAAAGCCUUGCGUCUUCGCAUAAGCAAUUACUUUCAGGCUCGCUAUCAGGGGAAGUGGUAUGAAGAGAAGGAUGUUCUAAAUUGGGUGUCUUCAUCACUUAGAGAGGAAAUUUUGAUGACCAUGUGCUCGGGCCUUGUGAGAAAAGUUCCCCUGUUCCAGAACUGUGAUGUGAACUUCAUCAGCUCGAUUGUCUCAGAACUACAGUAUGAGGUUUUCCAGGAGGGUGAUGUCAUCAUGUGUCAGAACACUCCGGGUGAUCGCAUGUUCUUCAUUGAGCAUGGACAGGUAGUUUUGGAGACAGACUCUUUUCAGCAGGAGCUGUGUGAUGGUGACUAUUUUGGAGAGACUUGUCUCCUGACCAGAGGAAGGCGUUUGUCUACAGUUCAAGCACAGACCAUAUGUCAACUCUUCUCUCUGUGUGUGGAUAGUUUUUAUAGAGUCCUUCGUAAUUACCCAGAGGUUAUGACAGAUAUCUACAGAGAACACCUCAGUGGCGAUUGA